AGCUCCUGCACCAGGAAACGGCCGGAUCCCGGCAGCGGCCUGACCCGUGAGAUCCCUAAACCUGGCCGGCGGGCGGGGUUGGAGACCAGCUGAGGGUGGGGGGCUCCACGCUGGCCAGGAGGAUGAAAGGCCCCAGCUGGGGGCUCCUUGCCACCAGCGCUGGGUCCUAAGAGCUGCCAUCCAGGCUGGCUGCCCGGAUGGCGACCCCAGCCUCAGCCCCAGACACACGGGCUCUGGUGGCUGACUUUGUAGGCUAUAAACUGAGGCAGAAGGGUUAUGUCUGUGGAGCGGGCCCUGGGGAGGGCCCAGCAGCUGACCCACUGCAUCAAGCCAUGCGGGCAGCUGGAGAUGAAUUUGAGACCCGCUUCCGGCGCACCUUCUCUGAUCUGGCAGCUCAGCUGCAUGUGACCCCAGGCUCAGCCCAGCAACGCUUCACCCAGGUCUCUGAUGAACUUUUCCAAGGAGGCCCCAACUGGGGCCGUCUUGUGGCCUUCUUUGUCUUUGGGGCUGCCCUGUGUGCGGAGAGUGUCAACAAAGAAAUGGAACCACUGGUGGGACAAGUGCAGGAGUGGAUGGUGGCCUACCUGGAGACACGCCUGGCUGACUGGAUCCACAGCAGUGGGGGCUGGGCGGAGUUCACAGCUCUAUACGGGGACGGGGCCCUGGAGGAGGCGCGGCGUCUGCGGGAGGGGAACUGGGCAUCAGUGAGGACAGUGCUGACGGGGGCCGUGGCACUGGGGGCCCUGGUAACUGUAGGGGCCUUUUUUGCUAGCAAGUGAGAGAAAGUCUGGGGCCAAGUGUGGCUAGGUGUGGCUGGGGAGGGAGGGGGGCAGGAGAGCAGAGACAGAACAAAGAAUGCCUUUGGAACAAGUGGGGUGGAUGAAUGGUCAUGGAGCAGGGAAGGGCAGGGAGAAGGAAGGUCAUGUGUGAGGGAGCUGAGCAAGCCAGGCAGGUGGCUGGAAGAAUGAGCAGGAGAUAUUGGGGAAUGUUUUAAGAAGGUGAGGGUCUAGGAGACAGAACCAUUCCAAGAUUUGGGAGGGAGAAAGGGGGAAUGAUCAAUAGGGUGCUUUAUAGGAUGGGCACAUGAAACCACUUGGAACUUGCUUCACAACUCCGAGGAAUUGUGCCUCCAUUGGCUGAGUGGGAUUUGGGACCCCAGAAGGUGCAUCCCUUUGGAAUGGAAGCUUGGUGAUCAGGUGAUUGGAAGAGGUGGCCAUGGCUGAGGGCUGCUUGGACACGUGUGCAUGUGCACGUGUGCUCCUGUGCAUGCUGGGCUGUUUGUCUAAUCUGGUGAUGGUAGGAUUCUUCAAAGAGAAAACAUUCCCUCUUGCAAUGGCAAGAACAAGAAGGGAUAGUUCUUUGCCCUUCCUCUCCCCACGCUUCCCAGCCUUGUUCCCAGGCCUCAAGGUUGAGGGAGAAACACUGUAUCCAGACCGAGGACUCUGGCACCUCUCUGCAGAAAAUCAUUGGCAGGGCUUUGGAGAGAAAAGCUGUUCUGCAACUGGCCUUGUUCCUUCAUCAUCCCCUCUGUGUGCAUCUUGCACUUGCUGCUGCCUCCUGGGCUGAUUGAAGGCAGGGCUGUGGAGCCUGGGUGGGUGGAGGCUUUGGUAGCUGGACCUGCCUGCCACCCUUCCCUCCCACUGGGGCACAAUGGUGCCUAAAAUGUUGCCUAUUUGGGAGACCUCUGCACCUACACUUAAACUCUAAAUUGGGGCUCUAAGUUUUCCUUUUGAGGGUGUUAAGCUCAAAACUCUACAUUGGGGCUCUAAUUUUCCUUUCACGGGUAUGGGCAUAAAUGCUGAUCUAGAAUACAGUCUGGGUCCUGCAUUGUCUCAGUGAGAUUGGUGAUGCCUUGAGAGGAACUUUCCAGCUCUGAGCCCCAUGGGUGUGAUGGUGACAGGUAUUCCAUUACUGGCCUAUUCUUUGUGGUGGGCUUUGGUGCUGCUUUAUCAGGGGCCAGGUGUAUGGGUUCUAGAAUACCUAGAAGCAUUUUUAUAUUUCCUUUGAAGCCACCUUGUUUGCAUUUAUAUUAUUUGUCUCUACUUCAGAGUCUGAGGACACUAACUUUAGAACUUAACAGUCCUCUAGAACAAAUCCAGAUUAUAGCUUUUUCUUUUGAGGGAGAAAUUCACUCCAAAUGCAGGCCCUGAGCCAGACCUCAAUGCUGCACUUGUCAAGGUGCUCAAAUUGCUGCUCUCCAAUGCUGAUUUCCUUCACAGUGCUCUAGAACCCUGCCCAUGGUCCUGAGCACUGAUCAGCUUAGCCAGACCACGGUUGACUUCUUGGGGAUUUUUCCCUUGGUCCUAGAAUGUGGCAUCCUAGUCGUGCUUGCUAGAAUGUGGGACCAAAUUGGCCUCAGGUGUUUAGUCCAGACCUUUGCUUUUGAGAGAGGGCUGCACUUUUUAACGGUAUUUAUGGGGGAGGUGGUUAGACUGCAUGAGCCACUUGGUCUGAUAUUGAGUAUGCUGAACCAUAAACUCAGAGCCGGUCUGUGGCAAGCAGUUGGGGUGGGGGAAAAUCUCUGACUUGCUCAGGACAAACUAGGCCAGUGGUUUUCAAACUGCUUGGCAAAGCCCCUAAGUAUCCUAGGGGUUGCGCCUCAGGAGUCCUUGGGGAGGUAAAGGGGUGGGGGGCGGGGAGGUGAGCAGACUGGGCAACUCGCCCUUAAAAAGAACAGCUCCCCUUGUAGCUGUGUUACCUAUCGGGGUUCAGGGUAAGAUUUUAUUUGCAUUAAGGGGUUUGCCGCUGAAAGACAUUGGAAAACCACUGAGUAGGCCAUCAGCUCCCCCAGGUCCAGAGCAGAUGCUUCUCCCAACCCUCCACCACAGGACACCAAUCCAGUUAGCAUUCCUGGGGGCCUUCAGACGUGAGGAGAAGCAGGGACCAGGGUGAAGUUACUGAAAUGUCCUGUUUUGAGGCCUUCACACCUGGGUGGAAGAAGAGGCUAUUUUCUGAAAGGGGAAAGGGCUUGGUCUGUAUUCCAAGAAGCGUAGCUUAGAUGGGACCACAGUGGGCAGUUUUGACCUGUUCUGCCCUUAAUUUGAGGGGCAAUGGAAACCCCAGAGACUCUUCUGUCAGGGAAAACUAGAGACUCUCUUUCAGAGCCAUAUAGUUUCUUGGGAUUAGCUCUUGGCCAAGAAGGCUGAGUAUGGCUCCCAAUUUUUAAAUCCAUUUCAUUUUUAUUAAAUGAGGGAAAUAAAUAUAAUUACCAUUUUUAAAGAUUACAUAGAUGGAGAGGAUGUUUCUUGCUCUCCAGAGCCCAAAGGGACAAAUAGAGACUUUGCUUAGGCCAAGGAAGGAGCGGAAGUAGGGCAACUCAGUCCUGCAAUUAUUAAUCCCACUCCCCACUUAUUCUAGGGCAUACAUACACUAUUUUACUUUUUUAAAUCAUAAACGGCAGGAGAAGAGAUUUGGUUAGUUUAGAAGAAAAGAAAAGCUCUAUAAAUAUAAAUAUAUAUUCCUGUAUUUUUAUUUAAUAAUUUAUAAAUACCAAGUUCAUUUGACUUUUAUUUUUGUGUAAUAUGUAAUGGUGAUAUUAAAAAAAAUAAAUAAAGCCCAGAAAUUUAAUGAGAA